GCAAGUGAGGCAUUUGCCUGCAUGCUGUGCUCCUCUCUCUGACUGUGCGAGUGAAGGGAAAUCUGACUGGAGGCUCUGCAUAGCGAGAGUCACUCGGACACUCACCGGGAGUGCCUUUGGGAGAGAGGUGGGGGUUGUUGGCGGAGUGAGGUGGUCAGUCAAGCAGUGAUUCAUGGUGGGGGAGCCAGACAAGAGGAGGGAGCAGUUUUCAGCCUUUCUGAAUCUUUCAUAAGGAAGAUCCUCCAACAUCAGCCUACCUGGACUGAGAGAGUUGGUGCCGAGGUGUUCACUUAGGAGACACUCACAGGAGAGGCACAGGCAUAAAGGAAAAGGACUUUACAUCACCAGAACCAGAGAGAGGAACAGAGAAAAUGGUCAACGAGAAGAGGAAUUUUCAGCUUGGGUUCAUGCCAUAGAGGUUUUUGAUCGUAGAAGAUAGAGAUGAAGACACUGGCAUGAGUCGACGAAAAGGAAAAGGUAAAGGACACUGCAGCAAGCUGACUAAUCCUUAGAUCCUUAGAGAACUGGGUAAGCAGCAAAAGAACAAAACCAGAAACAAAGCAACAGUAUGGCAUGGCAGAGCUUGUAUUUUCCAUCCAUGUCAUGCCAUGCAUACCUGUUAUUUAUGUAAUCAAAGGCAGUCUGCUGUAUAUGACUGACCGGAGCAGGAUCCGGACGUAAUUUGGCUGAGUUUGACAGGAAUAGUACUCUGGUACAGAGAACUCGACCCCAGCCUGCAGGCAUGUCAUCCAACGAGCUGAGCGUUGAGAUGGACUCCUGCAUUCGGACCUUCAAGGAGCACAUGCACCUGGAGCUGGAGCCUCCCAAAAUGCCAGGUGUGGUUGGAGGCAAGAGGGGCGCCACGUCACCCAAACUGUCCCCAAGAAGCUCCCCGCGCCUCUUCCGCAAGCUGAUGGUGAAUAAAAGCAUCCGACAGAGGCGACGCUUCACUGUGGCUCAUACAUGUUUUGAUGUGGAGAAUGGCCCUUCUGCCAGCUGCAGCCCUUUGGACCCCCAGGCCUCCCCUGGCUCGGGUCUGGUCCUCCACACCAAUUUCCCAGGACACAACCAGCGGCGAGAGUCCUUCCUUUAUCGCUCUGACAGCGACUAUGAGCUCUCCCCCAAGUCCAUGUCACGAAACUCCUCUAUCGCCUCUGAACUACAUGGUGAUGACCUGAUCGUGACUCCCUUUGCUCAGGUUCUGGCAAGCCUUCGAAGUGUAAGAAAUAACUUCACUGUCCUCACCAAUGUCCAGUGUGCCUCCAGCAAGAGGUCUCCUGCAGCAACAACUCAGCCUCCAAUCACCAGAGUUUGUCUCCCAGAUGAGGCGUACCAGAAACUGGCCGUGGAGACGAUGGAGGAGCUGGACUGGUGUCUGGACCAGCUGGAAACCAUCCAGACUUACCGCUCUGUCAGUGACAUGGCCUCGAACAAGUUCAAGAGAAUGUUGAAUCGGGAAUUGACGCACCUCUCUGAGAUGAGUCGGUCUGGAAAUCAGGUUUCCGAAUUCAUCUCUAACACCUUCCUAGAUAAACAGAAUGAUGUGGAGAUUCCAUCGCCAACAUCCAAGGCGCGAGAGAAGAAAAAGCAGCAGAAGCAGCAGUUGAUGACGCAAAUCAGCGGCGUCAAGAAGGUUUCUCAUGGGCCUCUGCUCUCCAGCAGCAGUAUAUCUCGCUUCGGCGUCAAAACCGAUAAGGAGGAACUGCUGUCCAAGGAGCUGGAGGAGCUGAACAAGUGGGGGCUGAACAUCUUCACCGUUUCAGAAUACUCCAACAACCGACCACUCACCUGUAUCAUGUAUGCCAUCUUCCAGGAGCGAGACUUAUUAAAGACAUUUAAGAUCCCAGCGGAUACAUUUGUUGCCUACAUGAUGACACUGGAAGAUCACUACCAUUCAGACGUUGCUUACCACAACAGUCUGCAUGCUGCCGAUGUAGCACAGUCCACACACAUACUCCUCUCUACUCCUGCUUUGGAUGCGGUGUUCACAGAUCUUGAAAUUCUUGCAGCCAUUUUUGCUGCUGCCAUCCAUGAUGUAGAUCAUCCUGGAGUAUCAAACCAAUUCCUAAUCAAUACUAAUUCUGAGCUGGCACUGAUGUACAACGAUGAGUCAGUACUGGAGAACCAUCAUCUGGCUGUAGGUUUCAAGCUGCUACAGGAAGACAAUUGUGAUAUCUUUCAGAACCUCACAAAGAAGCAGCGACAGUCGCUACGCAAAAUGGUCAUUGACAUGGUUUUGGCCACUGACAUGUCCAAACACAUGAGCCUGCUGGCCGAUCUGAAGACCAUGGUGGAAACAAAGAAGGUUACAAGCUCUGGAGUGCUCCUGCUGGACAACUACACAGACAGGAUACAGGUGCUGCGUAACAUGGUGCACUGUGCUGACCUGAGCAACCCCACAAAGCCGUUGGAGUUGUAUCGUCAGUGGACGGACAGGAUAAUGGACGAGUUCUUUCAUCAGGGAGACAGAGAGAGGGAGAGGGGCAUGGAGAUCAGCCCCAUGUGUGAUAAGCACACAGCUUCUGUGGAAAAGAGCCAGGUGGGUUUUAUUGACUACAUUGCACAUCCUCUUUGGGAAACUUGGGCAGAUCUGGUACAUCCUGAUGCUCAGGAUAUUCUGGACACAUUGGAGGACAACAGGAACUGGUACCAGAGUAUGAUACCGCAGAGUCCUUCGCCACCCUUCUAUGACCAGGGCACCCAUGGACACAGUGGAGGCACAGGAGGACAGGGAGGGGGAGAUAAAUUUCAGUUUGACGUGACCUUGGAGGAAGAGGACUUGGAUGGAAUCGAUAGAGAUGGAGAAGGGGAGGACGACGAGGUGGAUAGUCUGGCAGACUCUCCUCCCCCGGAGUACGUGGACAAUCAGGCAUCGGAGGACAAUGAGAUGAUUGAGCCCAUGACAGCGAUAGAGAUUGUGACCCAUGAGGCCUCACCCACAGACACAUAGGGCUUCCAUCACCAGGAUCGUAUGGUGAAUUGAAAUUCUUUUGAAAGGAGGGAGAGCCUCAUGCAGGAGUGCUUUUAAUUAAGCCCACACGUGCAAGAGCUUAGAUUCAGCCCAAAUGAGGCAUACUUGGGUGUUUGGAGCAGAGAAAUGGAUGGACAGUUUCCGAGGUGGCUUCACAGUUCUCAGGAAUUUACAAACGGGAACAUUUUCGUCUUGAUGGACAAGCAAAA